AUGAAUUCUGGACGUAUGGGUUCUCCUACACGGUCAACUAAACCAAAUGGGACAAUAGCAGCAUUUGACCCUACCGUUUUGCACAUCAUUCAAGGUAUUAUAAGGGACUUAAAAUUUCUUAACGAAUAUAGUUACCUUUCAAAUGGUGACUAUGAAGUUAUCGUGGAAAAAUUACCAAAGUCAUUCGAGCCACACGCCGCACCACAUACACCACCUGAUCCCUCACCAACUUCUUCGCCAGCACUUCACACAAGCUCACCCGUUAUUCCUGGAACACCAAAAGGACAUUAUAAAAAUUCUUCACCUCAACGGAAUUCACAAGAAAUUCAUGAAGGCCAUCCAGAUCAAAUUUCAUUGCAACAACCACAGCUAUCACGAAUACAAACUUCAUUACCAUCACAACCACAACAAAUUCCGACUUCUUCUCCUAUGCAGUCAACACUUAGCCAAAUAAACACACAAUUUAACAGCCCUAUUGAGAAUCAAGCUCGAGUUCUGCCUCAACCACCUGGCACAACAACACCACCGAAGCCAAUAGAGCCUCCUACUUUUGCUAGUAAACAAGCAGAGGCUGAAAGUUAUCGAGUUGAGCAAGAACAACAAGAAGAUUUACCAAUGUACAGUAGUGAAACAUUAGAGAUACUUAUGGCUUUAUGGGAUUUUGAAGGCGGAGACGAGGGCGAUUUGACAUUCAGGAAAGGUGAUAUUAUAGAGGUUAUUGAACACGUGAAUGAAGACUGGUGGAAAGGCCGCAUUCAAGGAAAAUCCGAAAUUGGUAUAUUCCCUAAAACUUACGCUGAACCAUUGAGUAAUAGGAUUUCAAUGAGCAAUAAUAAUGGCCAUCAAUUAAGACAACAGUCCCAACAUGAAGCAGUGAUUUUGCCUCAAACAACGACAGUUACUAUAAUUCCAUCACAACAGCCUCAAGGAGGUCAACAAUAUCCUUAUAGUACGUCACAACAAGCUGGUGCAUCCCCAAAUAAUAUUAAUCCUUAUCAGCUUUAG